AUGGAGCAGGGAGAUCGCCGCCGUGACAGAAGCUACGAUGUGGUCAUCUUCGGAGCGUCCGGCUUCACCGGCAGGUACGUGGUGAGGGAGGCCCUCAAGUUCCUCGGGAAUCCCCCGUCGUCCCCUCUGCGGACCCUCGCUCUCGCCGGCCGCAGCCCCGCCAAGGUUGCCGAGGCGCUGCGCUGGGCCGCCGCCCCUGCUCCUCCGCCGCCGGUGCCGAUCCUCCGCGCCGACGCCGGCGACCCUUCUUCCCUCCUCUCCGUCUGCCGCCAGGCCAGGCUCAUGCUCAACUGCGUCGGCCCGUUCCGGCUCUACGGCGAGCCCGUCGUCGCCGCCUGCGUCGAGGCCGGCACCGACUACCUCGACAUCUCCGGCGAGCCGGAGUUCAUGGAGCGGAUGGAAGCGGCGUACCACGAACGUGCCGCCGAGGCGGGCUCCCUCGUAGUGUCGGCCUGCGGGUUCGACUCAGUGCCUGCGGAGAUGGGGGCGAUGUUCAAUUCCCGCCAGUGGGUCUCCCCCGCCGCCCCCAACCGGAUCGAAGCGUACCUGAGGCUGGAAUCGGAGAAGAGGAUCGUCGGGAACUUCGGGACCUACGAAUCCGCAGUGCUCGGCGUGGCCAACGCCGGCAAGUUGCAGGAGCUGAGGAGGUCCCGACCUAGAAGAGCGAGGCCAGUGGUAAGAUUCACUCCGACCUUGCUCCCCCCCUAGCUCGUCUAGAAGGGCUAAUUAGGUUAAGUUUCCUGUGCAGAUUCCGGGGCCGCCACCUCCCAAGGGCCCUUUGAUCGAGCAACAGAAGGAGCUCGGUCUCUGGUCUCUGAAACUUCCCUCUGCAGACGCCGUCGUCGUCCGGAGAACGCUUGCCGCUCUGACAGAGAACCCAGGCGGUCUCCAAGGGUGCGAGGAGGGCGAGGAGCAGAUCGAAAAGAGGAAGAGGUUCUGGUCGGCGGUGAAGCCCGCCCACUUCGGCGUGAAGAUCUGCUCGAGGUCUCUUUUGGGGACUCUGCCGUUCAUCUUCACGGGGAUCUUCAUCGGGCUUCUGGGGAGCAUCGCCUUUGGUCGUUCCCUCCUCCUCAAGUUCCCCGCGCUCUUCACCCUCGGAGCGUUCAGCAAGACCGGCCCGACAGAGGAGGAGGUGAGCAGCGCCACCUUCAAGAUGUGGUUCGUGGGCCAUGGCUACAGCGACGCCAGCCUCGCAUCGCAGAGCAGAAGAAAACCAGACACUGAGAUCAUCACCAGAGUCUCUGGUCCUGAGAUCGGGUACUUGACCACGCCCAUCGUCCUCCUCCAGUGUGCUCUGAUCGUCCUGGGUCAACGGGGGAGUUUGCCCAAAGGUGGGGUUUACCCGCCUGGGAUCGUUUUCGGUCCCUUCGAUCUUCAAGAACGGCUCCAAGAAAAUGGGAUAUCCUUCGAUGUCAUCUCUAAAAAGGCUCUCCCCGCAUGA